UCUAAUAAAGAGUUCUUAAAAGUUUACACAAUAUAAAUAUUAUGUUAGGUUCUUAAAACUAUGGAAAAUCCAAUCCAAAGUUCUAAUUAAAAUUCUCAUAUUUAAAUAUUAAUAUUUAUCUAUACAUACAUUUUAAUUGGAAUUAAGAAUCAUAUGCUAAGAUAUCUUUAUUGGAGAACGUUCGCCCUAAAAGAGUUUCUCUCUGACGCUCUUCCCUAGGUGGCCGCUUCCAUGGAUCUUUUCAGUUUCAGCUCAGUUCUUCAGUUUCCAACCAUAUGAAGCAGCUCUCCUCUCCCAUGGCUCUGGUAGUGAUUGUGCCUCCUCCAUCACCACUCUAUCUACCGCCUCCUCCGUUGCGACUCCGUCCUCUUCCAGAUCUGUCGCCGCUGUGUUCGUCUGCUACUGUGCUGUUUGAAUCUCUCUCCCCGCCGGAACCACCGGACCCUCCCGACGCUUCCUUACGUCUCGUUAUGCAUCUACUCUUUGACACAUCAUUCACCCUUUCUCAAGCAUCUUCUAACAUUUCAAAUCUGGAAUUUCUUUUUCCAAAUCUGGCUAGUGAUGGUGUUGUCUCCCUUGUGUUCGUUGAUGGCACAAGAUUUGGUUCUAAGUGGUUAUAUCCUGCAGUAUGCAGUGUGAUUCUUCUUUCACUCGUGUUGGUUCGCUUACUCUCCCGUUCAUUCUGGUUUGUCUCCUCUCUUCAAUCUCAGUUUGUACUCUUGUAGAAUGGUCUGAGAGGUUUGUUGUGUGUGUAGCACCAGAUUUUUCGGUUAUGGACUUAGAUUACAAUGUUCCAAUGAACUUUGUUUCAUUUGGUUCUACCUCUAUGCAUGUUGAUGGUUCUCAGGUCGCCUUAAUGCGAUCUUGUGCUGCAGUCUACUGCAGUAUGCAGUCUACUGUAGUAUGCAGUCUCCUUAGUGUAUUUAGUACAGCUCUUGGUGCUGUGAUUUCGUGUUAUCUUUCUUGGUAGCAGAUUGAAGGAAAACUCGUUGAUAAGCUCCAGGGGCGAAGCUAGACUUUUUUAUAACUGGGUGCAAAAUCUGGUAAAAGUACUUUGAGGAGAAUUGAACCCAUGUUCUUAGGAAAUUAUGGGUGCACCAUAACCAAAUUGACUACCUGAAUCUUACUUUUCUAGUGUAAAAUGUUAAAUAUUUAAAAUACACUGGGUACACGUGCACCCUUAGUAAUAAACAUAGCUUCACCUCUGAUACGCUCAGUGGCGAAGCCAACGUGUUGGGAGGGGGGUCAGUUGACCCUGGUGAAUUUCUUAAUUUUUUAAAAAAAUUACAUGUAUAUUUCUAUAAAAAAAAUUAGAAUAAUGUUGCAAAGUUUAGUUAAUUGACCCAUACAAUAUAUGAUAAUAAUGAAUUUUGACCCUCUUAAAUAUUUUUCCUGCCUCCGCCGCUGGAUACGCUUAUCCCGGUGAAUCGAGUUAUGGAGGGAUUUCAUUAUCCAACGGAUUCCCUUGUGGAGCAGUUUCUUUUCCCAAUAUUUCCUUCUAUGUGGAGUGAAUUGGAUGGCCAAGCGUCGCUAGUAUUGCAAGGAUCUUCCUCCUGGCUGAUGCUCUUCUCUGCCUUUGUUGCAGUGUUUGUGACCUUUGAGAUUACAUGGUAUGCAAUUAUUCAAGAAGAUUAUGAGAUCUUUCGAUUUUUUAUGGUCUCUUGUGAUGUUGUGUAUCAUCGAUCUAUCUUUUGCUUAAUCUAUGUUUGGUUUUUUUAGCCCUUAGUGGCUCUGAUGUACUCUCUUUGUGGUGAUAAACUUUUUUAAAUUUCUAAUGAAAGUUUGGUUUGAAUAAACAAAAAAAAAAAGAUAUUUUCAUUGGAAGUGCUCUUAUGGUUGUGAUUUAGAUGAAAUUAAAGACAAUACAAUUUGUUCGAUGUACUGCUCUGUAAGAGAAGUUCAAAUUCUCAAGAUAAUUGAUAUAGAAAAGCAAAAAUAUAUAAAAAGUAACUUGAAAAGAUGAGUAACCUAACUAUAAACAUAUAGUAUUUUAAAGCUAAUUGAGCUAGAAAUAAACUAUAGACCAACUUAUAAAAUAAAUGUGUACCAUGUUUUCGGUUUUCCCACCCACUUUUAAUAUCAAUUUUGCUAAGACAAGAAGCUUUAAGAUUUUCUUAUGUUUAGGUAAAAAAGGAGCGUAUAUUGUAUUUUUCUUCAUUCUAUAAUAAUAUUAAUUAUAUUAUAUGCAUAUACAUCUAUUUAUAUACAGUAUAUAGACAUACGCUUGUCAAAUUAUCAGUCAGAUUCUCUUUAUCAUAACACUCAACAACACUCUCACUGACCCUCCACUUUCGUAUAAACUACUUGUUAAGUCACAUAAAUGGCAUUUUCCCGGCAUAUACCCGACGGCAAGAUCACCGUCUCAACCACCACGACUAAGAAGCGCGAUGUCCCAAGUCCGCCGCCAAACUGCUGCGUCACGUGCCUUGCGGGGGUCAUCAGAAAAGUGAAGAGAAAGGGGAUGUUGCUGCUGUCGGCAACAGCGGCUCGAAGACAGUGUAGCUCGUUGCAAUGUCGGUACGAUCCAAUGAGCUAUUCACUGAACUUUGAUGGUGGCGCGUGUGGUACUCUUCCAGAUGAUGAGGAUUAUUAUUUCCGAUUUUAUGCGUUUUCUUCGAGAUACGUUACUGCUAAUACUAUCAAGAAGAUACCACCAUUUCUUAGCGAACCCCUCUCCACCUCUUUACCUGAAUUUGUGUAAUCUUUUUGUUAUUUGAAUUUUUUUUUUCGUUUACAAAAAGCUAGUUUACUAAAUCUCUUAUUUCGUGUUUUGGUUCGUAGAUUAUAUUCUAUUUAUACAUAUUGAAAUAAGGGUGAAUUUGUAAAAUGACUAAGUUUGGGAUGAAAAUUAAGUGCAGAGCACUGAUUUUGACGGAAUUAAGUAUCUAACAAUUAAGCUUGAUCUGAGCCAGUUUUAUUCCUUGUACGUACAAGUAACCGGUAAAGGAGAGAUGGUGAGAUGAUGUUGACCACAACAGGUAUGGCCAUUAUUUACCAAAAACUAUUAUCUUAAAAGGGAAGAUACACAUUCCACGUCACAUACUAAAUAACCGCAAACAUUUCGGUGUGUUCAAUAAAUAAGUAGACAAAAAUAAACCACUAAAUACUAACCCCACUCGCAAUCAUUAAAUACUAAACCCAACAACAAAACAUACAUCAUGCAUAUUCACUGUAAAAUAAUAGAAACCCUAUCAAAUUAAUAAUCACUAAACUCUACCCAGAAAUAUAAACUCUAAUCCAAUGUCAACACCAAUUUUCCAUAUAAUAAACUCAAUUUCAUACCAGUAAGAUGAAUUACCAUUCUAUAUGAGGCAUAUAGAAUAGAAAAUGUGAAAAUGUAGUUGCAAUCUAAAGAUCAUCUUACCAUAUUUCUCAAAUAUUGAUAUGGCUAUGCCAUUAUGGAAGGUAGUAAUGCUUGCCCCAAUGUCAAUCCCAAUCGUACAUAAACUAAACCCAAUCAAAUAAUCACUAAACCCAAUCAAGGAAGUACCCCAAUAUUAAUUACCAACUACUAAAUACUAAACUCUAAAUCCUAAUUACUAAACCCUAAACCUAAAUAAAUAGAUUAAGCUAAACCCUAAUCAAGGAAGUAUAAACCCAAAUAGAAUGUAUAUUGAAAUGGUUUACUAUACCUAAACUUUUACUUAGUGAAUCUAAACCCUAGGCAUGAACCUAUAAACUCAAAUACAAUCUAUAAAUUGUUUUGCAAUAUUAAAUACUUGAAAGCACAUUUACUUGGUUAGCAUGUUGCAUAUCUUAUAUUCCAUAUAAUCUAAGUAGUAUAGUAAACGAAUGUUCCAAAUAAUCAAAUUUGUCCAACACUCGAAAAAUGAAUUUCAUAUUACAAUCAAUCAUACAAAUGACAAAGAAGACAACUAUCAAAUUUAAAAACAUGACAGAUUAUUACAUUUUUAAGGAGUAGUAUAAAAAUAUGUCUCAAAUAGUAUGGUAACUUUACAUAAAUACGUUAAUACCCCAAUAUUUCAUAAACUAAACCCCCAAAUAACAUGCAUUUUCAUUCUACGUGAGCCUAUAGAAUAGAUAAGGUGACAAACGAUAUAGCACAAUACAUAUAUAUUGUUCAAAUUUUGAAGAGUCUACAAUCUAGAUACUAAACUUUAUCCCAACCCCACCUCAACCCGUAAAUACUAAACCAUAAACUCUAAUCAGUGAACCCUAAACCCAAAUAUAAACCAUAAACACAAAUAUAAACCCUAAACCCAAAUAGAAUGAAACAAAAUAAAUAGCAUAGUACAUACUGGUGAAAUUAUGAAAUAUCUAUGAUUGCAUGAAAGAAGUUAAUAAUGACUCCAACCAUAACCCCUCACCUUCUAAUUAGUAAACCCUAAACCGUAAUCACUAAACCCUAAACCCAAAUAUCAAAUAUAAAAAUGUACACAAUAUUAUGCAAUAUUAAAUCAUAUUAUAUAAUAUUAAGCUAUACAAUAUAAAUCAUAGUACGAUUUUUACAGAUUCAAAAACAUGUAACGAUAGUUAGAUAUUAAGAAAAUUACAAAAUAUAUUUCUAAACAAAAUAGCACACUCUUUAUUAAUCGUCAAAUGGAAUAGAACAUGAUAAAAUAGUAUAGUAACAAAAUGGUAAAAAACAACAAGACACAUAUGGGAGAAGAAUUGGCUGCUAUUACUUCACGUUGCCGUGUCUCCUCUUCCGUCAGACAAGACACCAUCGAUUUCACAAUCAGAGAAACCUCCCCUUCAGUCACCCACCGAGAAUGCAAAGACGCUAUACUCCUGCAAAAAUCAACUCCGAUAAUCGUGUUCGUCUCAUUUCUCUCUCCCAAAUCUGAGAAUCAAACGAUUCAAUUUCUCGAGAAAGAAGAAAGGUAAAAAUUACGGAGAUGAUGACGGAGCAAAUACUGUGGCGACGAUAAAACAAAAGAUGAUGAUGAUGAUGGUUGUGCUAGUUGUACAUGUAGAGGUGAUUGAAGCUAUGUGACAGAGAUUUAUGUGUUAUUCGUAUAAAAAAAUAAAAAUUAGAGAGAGAGAGAGAGAGAAGAAAAAAAAUUAUGUGCAGAUGUGCGACUUUCCAGUGGACACGAAAUUUUUUAAAAAAUAUAAUGAUUAUUAAUUUUUUUCUACAGGUUUUGCCGGUUACAAUAGAGGGCAAUAUGAAAAUAUUACAUAAAAGACACAUGAUACAGUGAAAAAAAUAGAGGUUUUAGUUAUAGAUUGAAUUAUAAUUUUUUGGUGGUUAUACAGCCCAAUUUCCCUUAAAAUAAACAUAAUUACGUUUAGGUUAUUAGAACGUCUCUAGAAAUUUAUUAGAAACUCUAGCAAUUAGAACAAAAGAUAACCUUUAAAAAAGAUAAGAAAAUAGAGACAACAAAGAUGAUUUCUUAAACAAAAACGCCAACUCUUUUUUCAUUGGUUCACUUUUUCCGGCCGGUAAUGUAGACUGCUACGGAUAUUCGCCGCUAGUCUGGAUCUAUUUCCGGUGGAUUUCAGGAUACACUAGAUUAUUCAAAAAAACAUAUGUUAAAUUUUUUAUUCAUGAGAUCUCUUUAUCUGCCAUUCAGAAAAAGAAAUAUUUUUUAUCUAUUUAAAAUUUUAAACCAAUUGCUGAUCUUAGUUAUCUUUCACAAAGACAAUUUUUUUUUUUGUAACAACCAUAAAGACCAUUUAAAAUCCAACUCUAAACUAGACGCAGGAGACGCACGUUGGUGUCACUCCACUUUGGUGGACUAAUGCACGCGCAUGUUAUUUUCUAAACAUACGACAAUAUCAAUUAAUUUUAUUUUCUAUAACUCGGGUAUCGAAAUACAAAAGCUGAACUAAUUUUCUAGAGGCAGGUCCACCAGCGACAUGCAAAUCCGAUUACUAAACGUGAGAAUCAGAUAUUCACGCCCGUGGAUAAAUUUUUAAAUAAUUCUUUUUUUUUAAUAUAUGACACUUAUACCACCUUUCCAAACCCACAAUACCGACCACAUCCACAUGAUUAUCAGUUAAUUUUUUCCGAAUAUAUAAGUACAUCUAUAUACAUAAUUACAUAUAUUAUAACUGUAAACGGCACAAUGAAUCUGAAACAGUCGAAAAUGUGUGAUAUCACGAACUGAGACUGGAACUUGAAUCUUGAACUUAUUGUAAAAUGUUUUUUAAGUUUCUUGGCCACAUUAACCAGUAAAUGGACCAAGCCUUUGCUGUCUUUUUUUCUUCCGUUGUAAGUCAAUUAAUCAUUUCAUCUCGAUUGUCACAUCAUUAAAAAUAAAAGAAAAACAUCUUUAAAACAACUUGUUAAUGAAAUUACUAGAGAUAACAGUGACUAAAGAAA